AGAAGAGACAAGAUGGCGAGCAAAGAAGAGACAGAGAAGGCUCUUUACAAAGUCAAACAUAUGGUUUCUUCCCACCCCGUAGUCGUGUUCAGUAAAACACAUUGUUCAUUCUGCACUAGAGUGAAGGACCUUCUUUCGGAGCUUGGUGCUGCUAAAGAAGUCAUUGAGCUUGACAAACGAAGUGAUGGGGCUGUCGUUCAGAAUGCGCUACUUGAGUGGACGGAUCAGAGGACUGUGCCAAACGUUUUCAUUGCAGGGAAGCACGUAGGGGGCUGUGAUGCAAUGGUGGAGAAACACAGGAAGGGGGAGCUUUUGACAAUGCUAAAAGAGGCUGGUGCCCUUGGUACACCGCCUGCUGAGCCGACUUGUGGUGACAUCACCGACACUCCCAGCAAGCUGCAGCCUGCUCAGCCGACUUGCGGUGACACCACCGACACUCCCAGCAAGCUGCAGCCUGCUCAGCUGUAGAAUAUCAGAAUGGAACAGGUCAUAACCGUAUGGAUAAAGGUCGUUCUUAAUUAGAGUUUACUACUAUUAAUAAUAAUCUUGGUUGAAAUGAUGAUGUAACCAAAUAAAAUGGUCCCUGAUGUUG